UUGGUGUUUGCUCUCUGAAGGCAGCCAUUGGGGCCCAUUUAAUUUAGAGAGCGUCCAGUGCGUUCUCGUGAUGGUUUGUACCUUUUGCGUUUAGAGUUUUUGUGAAGCAAAUUAAAUUUGGUUAGCCGGAAUAUCCAAGUAAUCGCGUAGUCGUCUAGCAUUGCUUUGUAAAGGUUGCUUCAACGCAUUGAACUUGCAGUCGUCUCACCAUGUACAGAUCUACUAAACGUCAGCCCCGCGUGUCAUACGAUAAAAAAAAAGGGAGAGCCAAUGAAACUAAAAGGAAGUUGCAAAGGCCCCCAAGGCCCCCUUGCAACGAACCAAGCGGUCCUAAUCUAAUCAACAAUCUGAAUGACGAUUGCUUAGCCAGGAUAUUCCAGUACCUCGAUUUGGAUGAACGACUGAGAAUGGAAGAAGUUUGUAAACGAUGGAAAAACGUUUCUCGGCUGGCCUGGGAUGACAUUAAAGCUCUAAACUUCACACCAAACUUUCCCCCAAAGAGUGAUCUAUACAGACUAUCACUCAAGUAUAGAAACAAUCAGUACAUUGGGAAAGUCAUUAAAAAAUGUGGGCGUUAUCUUCAUCAAUUACGGCUUUCUCCCCCUUGCAAUCAUAAGAUUCUUCGACUUGUUGGAAAACAUUGCCAUAAUCUAGUGAAACUGGAUAUUGAACUGUACAAUUAUGGCGCAAAUUGGUCCAAGGCAUUAUCCCACUUACGGUCGCUGGAGUGCUUGGAGAUUAGAGGAAUCAGGUUGUAUUUUCCGGGAGAUUUAUUAUUUAGUCUGCCUCGUGAAACGCUGACUGCAGUACAUCUCUGGGCUCAUUUGCCUGAUGUUCACUUUUCAAAUGCCGUUUUUCUACCCCGUGUAGCUCCUACUGUAUUUGAGAGUCUCAGCAAAAUUACAGCCUUGACCCUUAACGGCUUCUACCUGAAGCCAAACAUGAUGAAAGUUAUAACUCAAAAAGUUGAUCUGACCUUCCUAUCCAUCGCCAAUUGCUCGACUAGGGGAGAACCAGUGGAUCUGCGCAAUCUUACCAAACUGGAACACCUCGACCUCACCAAUGUCGUGGAAACCGACAACCACUGUUUACUUGGAAUUGCUAAUAGCUGCGUAAACCUCAAACAUUUGAAUAUCAGCAAAUGCAUCACCAUCGACGACGUUGGGAUGAGACAUUUAUUGCAAUUAUCUCAUCUUGAAGAGCUCAUCUUGAAUGACAUCUUCAAAAUCACAGACGCGCCACUCGCUACAAUGCACAACCUUAGAAGAUUGGAGUGCGAGAAUUGUGACAAUGUAUUGGAGAAUGGCAUCAUAUCAUUGUUGAACUCUGCACCUAACCUGGGGUACCUGAAUCUAGCAGAGACUGGAAUAAGGGAGAGGGUUCUUUAUGAGGCCAAUAAAAUCACUAAACAGAGGACUAAUAAUUUGGAGCUUCAUCUCGUGGUUAGCAGAUGUCAGAAUUAUUGGUAUGCAAAUACAGAGGACGACUCUCCUCUUUUAUUUAUCGAAGAGAACGGCGAAGACUUUACUACUUACAGUGGUUCAAACUUCGACGACGAUGUUUUUGAUGAUGUCGAAUAUUAUGAUUCCGAUGACUUCGAUAUAUACAAUCCUUCCGACUCUGAUAUGUCUCACGAUCACUACGCAAUCGACUUGCUAUAACUGCAGAUUUAUCAAUAUUUUUAUCCAUUUUCACUAAGUUGAGAUCAAUGUUUAUUUAUGAAACAUAUUUGGAGUGAAAGCUACGGAAAAUGCUGCAUAGUUCGGUGCAUUUUCCUUUUUUGUGCAUCAAAGAAAGGUUUUUUUUUCUGGUCAUUUAUCUGCCUUGGUUAGGAUUUUUUUAUAUUUCUCUUACGUUUACGGCUAUUUAAAAUUACUAAGGGCAUGCCCUUCAAGAAAAAAAGUGAUUCAAAGAGAGAUAUCUUAGAAUUUCAAUUUAAUAUGAUGUAAUUCAGUAUUGUAGCUGAAGAAAGGCUUGAUACGAAAAAAAUCGAUUUACCCUUUUGAUUAUUAAGAUUCCAUUUAAGACAUUAUUAAGACAUUAAACUUCUUUAUAAAGAA